CUCGGCAGCUUCACUAGGUUGUCGCCAGGCCGAGAUGAAGUGAAGGGAAAGUUCGAGAGCUCAGCCAAUGAUAAUUCAUCCACACACCACAACAGUCUUAAUCAGCUGCCACGUUUCAUCACAAGACGCCAAGCCAGGCCCCUCAGAGAUCGUGCCGCCAUCUUCACAAGAAGGAAGUCGGGAACUAUUUUUCUUCUGUAGUGAUCGUGUAUCUCACCUCUUCUUCUAAUGGCUGUCCUCGGUUUAAUCUUCACCGCCACGAAGCUUGCAGGAGUGCUGGUUACCAUCACGGUGGCGGCCAACGCACUAUCCUUUUCGCGUUAUCGGCGAAAGAAUCUCCGGCCAAUUCGACCACUGAUCGAUGAGUCGUCCGAUACGCUGGCCAAUUUCGAUGUCGGCGCUGAAGUUGAGGAACACAGAUUCUUUUUCGGAUUAGCUACAGCCCCCGCUCAUGUCGAGGACAACCUAAAUGACGCUUGGCUUCAGUUCGCAGAAGAACGACCCUGUGGGGGAACAGAAUCCUCUCAGGGCUUGCAACAAGCUGAUGCACUAAUGGCUUCCGCAUCCGGUGAUGGUGGGUCCCACCAGGGAAAAGCUAGUGGAAAUGAAAAGAAGACGAGGAAAAGGAAACCUUUGAAGAUUGCCAUGGAGGCCAUGAUUAGAGGUUUCAGGAAGUAUUCGGAACAAGAUGAAGAAGAAGAAGAUAGAGAUGAAGAAGAGAAUGUUGACUGCGAACACAAUGUUGCUGCUUGGCAUAAUGUACCUCACCCUGAGGAGAGGUUGAGAUUUUGGUCCAACCCCGAUACUGAAUUAAGGCUUGCCAAGGAUGCUGGAGUCAGUGUUUUCCGUAUGGGAAUAGAUUGGACUAGGAUCAUGCCUACCGAGCCUAAAAAUGGAAAGAAAGAAACUGUGGACUGGGCUGCAUUAGAAAGAUAUAAGUGGAUAAUCCAGAGAGUUCAUCAUUAUGGGAUGAAGGUCAUGCUGACUCUGUUCCACCAUUCACUUCCUCCUUGGGCUGGAGAUUAUGGUGGUUGGAAAAUGGAAAAAACUGUGGAUUAUUUCAUGGAUUUCACAAGUCUUGUCGCUGAUAGCAUGUGGGAAUUGGUGGACUACUGGGUCACCUUUAAUGAGCCUCAUGUCUUUUGUAUGUUAACGUACUGUGCUGGUGCCUGGCCUGGGGGAAAUCCUGAUGUGCUUGAAGUUGCAACUUCUGCCCUUCCAACUGGUGUUUUCCGGCAAACAAUGCACUGGAUGACUGUUGCACAUUCAAAGGCUUACGAUUAUAUUCAUGGAAUGAGCACAGAUAUGGAAUCAAAGGUUGGAAUAGCACAUCAUGUUUCAUUUACCCGGCCAUAUGGCCUUUUUGAUGUACCUGCUGCUGUCCUGUCUAAUUCACUUACACUUUUUCCAUAUGUGGAUGCUGUAAGUGACAAACUUGAUUUCAUCGGGAUAAACUACUAUGGACAGGAAGUGAUUUCUGGAGCUGGCUUGAAGCUUGUGGAGAGGGAUGAAUACAGUGAAUCUGGGCGUGGUAUAUAUCCUGAUGGCUUGUACAGGAUUCUUCUUCAAUUUCAUGAAAGAUACAAACAUCUCGAUCUUCCUUUCAUCAUUACUGAAAAUGGAGUAUCUGAUGCAACUGACCUAAUUCGACGGCCUUAUCUGUUAGAGCACCUGCUGGCCAUAUAUGCAGCUAUGCUAGAAGGAGUACGUGUGCUUGGAUAUUUGUUUUGGACAAUAUCAGAUAACUGGGAAUGGGCAGAUGGAUAUGGUCCAAAGUUUGGACUUGUGGCAGUUGAUCGAAUUAAUGGACUUGCGCGUAUUCCACGCCCUUCAUACUUUUUGUUUUCAAAGGUAGUCAAAAGUGGUAAAGUGACUCGCCAGGAGAGAGAAAGGGCAUGGAUUGAACUACAGAGUGCUGCAAAAGAGAAAAAGACGAGACCAUUUUAUCGUGCAGUUGACAAACAUGGACUCAUGUAUGCAGGUGGUCUGGAUAGUCCAACUUGGAGACCUUUCAUUGAAAGGGACUGGAGAUUUGGCCAUUACAAGAUGGAUGGGCUAGAAGAUCCAAUCAGUCGCCUCUCUCGAUUCAUUCUUGCACCUUUGUUGCACAAAAAGGACAAUGACCAGAUGUUCAACGAGAAAACCUUAGUGAUGCAGCCUCUUGAAGUCAGCCUAUGAUAUUCACACUUCAUCCUCAACAUAUCCCAAUGAUUUCUUAUAUCCUUAUAAACUUGGCUGAUUAUAUUCUGGGGUCUGUUCUCCCUUGUAAAAUUGUAAUUGUUGAAUAUGCUCUGUUGCAGAAAUGCAGUUACAGGCAUUGAACAGAACAGAGUUAAACCAUCAUAGUUCACUGGAAA